AUGAUGUCGCAAGUACCUUCCUGCUGCAGAAGCUGCAAACGCAGCGACUCGCCGAAAGACGAGACCGAGAAAGAGGAUCCUAAUCAUGUAGAGACACUCAGGUUCAAAAUCUUAAGCGCUGAAGGAAAGGAUACGGAUGCGCCAUGUGGCCGGUCAUUCGGGCCCAUCUCGCUUCUCGAAUUCUUCGGGGAUAUGCCACAGAUCAUCAAGGAUCCCAUCAAAGAGGCCAUAGCGUCACAGGUUGCUGGGUAUAAAACGGAGCCGCGUGAUCGCAGCAGGCACCCCAAAAGACACCAGCCGACGGCCAUCAACACGUUGAAUAUCACGAGGAGCUUCGACGUCAAUGGCAAGUUUGCUAUGUCCAGGUCCAUAACAAUAGAAAGUACUACUAAUGCUUCUUUGGCAUGGGGGAAACUCACGACGUCACUGCCGCUUUUCGAAUCGGAGGGUGAGCCUACGACUGCUAGGCGCGAUGGGCAGAUCACCCUGACUGUUGGCGCCCACAUUAUCAACGGAAAGUACGUGGAUCUGGAAUCGGGAGACCAUUUCUUGGUACUUAGGAAGGUGGAGGACCAUUGUAGUUGUAUCUGUACCAAUGGCACGUCGGACGGCGAAUGUACGGAAACGCAUGAGGCGUACUUCGAAAUAUCUGGCGUAACGCGUGCAAAGGUCGUUUUCAGUGAACGGCCGUCGAUUAUUCAGCACUCUGCUGAUAUGGGUGACGGUUCGCCGUGGUUUAUAUGCCCAUCGGAGGAUUUGGAAUUGACUGACCCACAGUGGCUGUUGAUAAGGGUGGCACACGCAAUGGUGGAUAUGUUCACGGCCGAGCAGGGAUAUUUCAAACUGCUAAAGAACUAUUCGGGAAGUAAGCAAUCCAGGCUUGUUCUUAGCCUGCGUGGUGAAACUUACCUGCUAGAAAGGGUAGAGUUGGGUGGCAAGAUACUGCUGGUCAACCCUAUGCGCGUGAACGCGGACCAAGAUAAGUCCUGCAAUAUCCUGUCUGUUGUUGGGAGGUGUACGUACGUGCACAACCUUAUAAAGACGGCGCCCAACUUAUCAAGCACACGGAAGGAGGAAAAGGUGUCGUUGCAGACCAUCCUGGACUCAUUACCCGCCUCCGACGCACAAAUCAAAAGGUUCCUCAUGAACGCAGUUCCUGCAUCACCGUGCGAUUACAUGUAUACUGGUGGUGUCAAAUUCGCGUAUUUAGAUCCAAUUUUGUCAGCGGAGUUCAGCAUAGCGCUCCUGCGCACGUUGGACAUCCACUUCGCCAAAAGUGAAAAGCCAAAAAGUGACGCCUUGAACCCAUCCAUAAGAGAUGUAUGGACGAUGGUUAUGUCGUUCCAACAAGAGUUCGAUUUCCUACCGCCGCAUAUGAGGACGCCCAAAUCGUUGUUCCAAAUAAUGCGAGGUUUGUGUGACAUACGGGAAGCCUUUACGGACCUCGAAGAUUAUUUGAACAACAUGGGGGACGAAGACAAACUGUUGGAUACUAACAUGCAAUUGAACCUUUUUAAGAUACACCGCAAAAUUGUCCGGGCUAUUAUUAUCGCAAACGAAAAGGACAAGAUGACGUAUCUCGCCGUCGUCAAAAAGAUCGAUUCAUUGUUGUUUGGGCCAUCGGUGCCCUCCUAUCUGUUUGACGGCAUGAUACAAUAUUUGAUAAACGGCAGAUUGGAAUCGGACGACGAUAUUGUCGACUAUGUUACGUGCUUGAAGUUCUAUUACGAAAGGUUAUCUUUUACCGACGUGGCGGAGAAAAUGUCGCGCAUAUUCAACAAUAAAACGCAAACGCCUUUCGACGCGACGCAAUUUUCGCUAAGUGGCAAGAAGCUUUUUGCUGUCGACACGGGUUACGAUAACGAGGUGGUCGAAUCUAAAUCGGCAUGCUUGAAUUAUGGCAUCUUCAAACUAAACACCAAGGGACUCACGCAGCUCAGGUUUAAGCAUGCAAUGAACUUCCUGCUGUCGCUCUGCAGAAGCCCUUUGUCCCUACAUCUGUCAUUCGUCUCGGAGAGUUUGGUCGCAAAGGACGAUGGAGUCACGUGUAUGCUGCAGAUGUACCGCAAGGAAGACGAGUGCUGUCUCAGGGAUGUUCUGUCUUCUUUGUUUACUAUAAAUCAGCGGUGGAAUCUGGAAGAUAUGGAAAAGAAAAUGGCCAGAUUCUUAGGAAGCAGGACGGCACUCGAAAGUGUUACGGGGCCCCCGAACUUCCACGCCAGAGUUUGGAUAACAAAACAGAAAAACACACUCAAUUACGAGCGCACAGACUCGGAAGAGGAACAUCGCAAAUCAUUUGAAUCCGAAUACACGUCAGCCUUAGGUGACGGUAUGCUUCAACACAUCGAAGAGGAAGCAUACAUUAUCAUUAACUCAAAUGUCCCUACCGUGUAG